UUGGUAAUGUUCGAAUGAGUCUGUAGCGGCAACCAUUCGACUUGGUUAGGCUGCAUAGAUUUGGAGGAAUAUAGGAUUGAUUUAUGAUCCUAGCAGUUAGUUAUUUUAAAGGAUAAAAUAAUGCUUUAUUGAGUUCCCUUAUCUUACCAGAUGAGCCAUUGUCCUGUAGAAUAUUCAAAUCCUAAUUCCCAGAAUACCAUAUCUUAUAUUACCUCAGAUUCUGUUAUUAGUGUCUCGUUCGCAGAUUGUCAGUCGUCUAGUCCUUCAUACCACUCUCUGUCAUCAAGUACGACUCUUCCUGGUGUUGGCUCUUUCUUGGAUAAAUCAAAUCACCUUUCACACUAUUCUCCUAAUAAAUAUUAUGAUACAGAACCUACUGUAGUUCCGGGACACUCUUACGUUGAGAACACUGGCGUUUUCGAUAACAAUCUUCCUUAUCCAAUAAAAUCGGAGGCCAUUCACGAAAUUGUAUCUGGAACGUUUAUUACUCCAGAUGCACACAACCAAUCAUGUUUUACAUCUCCUUUACAACCUCUAAAAUCAUUAAACCCAAGUCUUCCUGUCCAAUCUAGUGAAUCUUUGUUAACUGGUUUCACUCAUCCACUUUCUAUGAACCAUACUGUUUUAGAAGACGGUGGGUUAGAUUUGGAUCGAGUGUUUGUCGCUAUUAUUAAUGAUCGAAAUUCUGAACAUGAUAUCUUUAAUGAUACUGAUGUUAAUUGUGACAGUGAACGCUGUUCAAUUGAUAAAUCAAAUUCCUGUAACAAACAGUUACUUAAUAAUAGUAUUCAGUCGUCUGUUAACCAAAGUAUGCUAACAGAUGAUUCAGAGGACAAAAGUUUAUUACAGUACUAUCCUGUAGUAGAUACUGAGAAGACAACUCAACAUCAAACCCAUCCAAAAACAUCCCCCAUUUCAGAGGUUGACCAAACACGCAAGUCCUCUGGAUCAUCUGAAGUUUCAACCCGAAUGUGCGUAGUUUGUGGUGACAAAGCUUCAGGGUUCCAUUAUGGUGUGUCUACAUGCGAGGGUUGUAAGGGUUUCUUUCGACGUGCUAUACAGCGUGACCAAUCAUAUACUUGUGCUAAAAAUGGUACAUGUGAGAUAAAUAAAACGCUUCGUAAUAAAUGUCAACAAUGUCGACUCCUCAAGUGCAUUGCUGUGGGAAUGUCGAGAGAUGCUGUUCGUAAAAGGCGUCAUGGUAAAAAACGGGAACAGUCUUCUUGUGAAUCAGUUACCUUGCCUAGUUCAGAUUCCUCAAACAAAUAUGAAACAUCAGCAUAUUCGUCAGGUUCUGCAGACGUAGUUUUAACUCCAUCUGAAGCACAUUUAAAUGAAACUACACUUAAGCACCACGAAAUGCCAAUAACAUCAACUAAUUUUCAACCAUCAUCUUCAUCAAUACCAUCUUCUACUAAUAUUUCUUUAACCUUAUGUAAUAAUAAUAAUAGCGAUAAUAGUAACAGUUUGACUAAGGAAGAUCAACAAACUCUAGACAAAUUUGAUCGUUUUUUAAACUAUUGUAAAGAUCAAGCUAUCAAAUAUCAGGCGAAUAGUUGGAAUAUUUCUAAAUCUGAUUAUUAUCACUUAUCAGGAUCUUUAUCAAGACAUCUAUCUCCCAUAAAGCAUACUCCCUAUGAAUUGGGUGAAUCAUUAAAGCUUCUUACAGUGGAUGAAAUAUUUUGUCCUGCUCAACUUAAAUUUACACAUGAAUUUGCCUGUCAUUUAGAGCAGUUCAUACGACUUUCUCAGCAUGAUCAAUCUAUCCUAUUAAGAGAUUGUUUGCCUGAACUUGCUAUAUUAAUGUUAUGUCGCGAAAAUCGGAACAAGACUCAUAUGAACUUUUCAUCUACAUCAAUAAAUUAUCAAUUGAAUUGUUUAUUUAGUCCAUGGUUUCCGAAUGCAGUAGUUACAGAUUCCUCUCUGGAUUGUCUACAUAUGACUUGUGAUAGUAUAACUUCUCAAAGUAUUUUUCAAUUUGCUUCAAGACUUCAACGAUUACAUUUGACAAAUAUGGAAUUUGGACCACUUAUUGGUGUGAUACUUUUUACUCCAGGUAAUCAGCUGCUAAAUUAUGUAUACACAAUAAUUUUUCAUAUCAGACACAUUUGUUUACGAAUAGUUGAAAAUUAUGAGAUUUCCAUUGCCUCACAAUACCUAGCUCAUAUAUAUUAAUACUUUAUAGAUUAAAAAAUGUGUGAGGUUUCGUUGUUCACUUGGCUGGCGAGUAUAAAAGUGGAUAAAAAUGCAAUUAAUUUUUUACUGUACAAUUGAAAUGUUGAGCGUGAUUAUAAAAUAAGAGACUAGCUAGACACAUGUCACCCAAAUAGUGAGUUCCCACACAAAGCUACAUACUUGUCGUUGAUAAAUUAGUUACAUUGAAACCGAAUGACUGCAUUUGGUGUCCUUAUUCUUGUUCUCAACUAAUAUUGUUACAAAUGUAGUUAUAGAAAACCCUUAUGUAAAUUUUAUGCCAGCUAUAGAGUUAACAGUAUAAUAAUUUUAUAACUCAAAGACAAGAUUUGUGUAUGAGCAUUAUACUAUUAUGGAAUAUAAAUAAAUACUGAUGAUUUAUGGACAUCAAGUUUUGAUGCGUUCGGACCUAUGUUGCAACAACGAAAUGUGUCCUUCAAACAAGUAAAUAAAGAAAAAUUAAGACUCAAGCUCUACAUCAGAAAAUACUACAUGGAUAUAUAUAUAUAGCUUCAAUAUUAACAACUAGUAAAAAUAUAUAAAAGUCUAUUUUUCGAAAGCAAAGGGGGCGUUUAAACAAGGUGAGAAAUAGCUUAAACAUUUAAUUGCGAGUAGAAAUAUUUAGCAACCCAUAAACGAAUUACAAACCCGUGUACCUAGUUUUUAGCCAUACCCAAAGUGUAUGGGCUAUUGAUACUACGUGGUUGCCCAAGCUAAACUAAAUAGAACAGAGUUUAAAUCUACCACUUCGUAACUUAAAGUUAAACGCCUUGACCGCUACGUUAGCCAUCGCCCACAAUGACUAUCUAAAUAUUAUCUAAGAGGAUACAUUGAGCAUGAUAUAUUUGCAAUUGGAAAUAGUUUACUUAAUUGAAUUAGUAUAUUUGCUUAAUGUUUGGUAAGUUCUUUUAUUCCUAAUUUCUUUUUUUAUCUCUUUUUCUACGCAUAUAUAUAUUUAUUUAUUUAGAACGUUCUGAUCUAUUAGAUAUUGACUUUGUUAAUCGUACACAAAAUUUAUGGGCUGAAUUAUUACGUCGUUAUUGUGAAAGUAAUGGAUCACAAACACGUUGUGCUCAUUUAAUUAUGAUUUUAUCUACACUACGUGAACUUGCCUCUAAAAUAACGCAUAAUUUAAAUGCAUGGUAUAAAUUAUCCAAUACUCCAAUGUCAAAUUGUCUUAAAGAAUUUCUUUAUUCUUCCCGUUUUAAUUCAAUGGAUGAUUGUUUUUAAUUAUUGUGUAAUUUUCUUAUGAUUUUUCUUGGUGAAUAAUAGUGAGAGAUAUCUCUUGCCGUUUUUUUUAAAAGAAAAAACAAUUAGGAUUACAUACUACAUAUCUUCUUGUAUUUGUGUUUAAUUUUGCUCUGUUAUUAUUUUAUGAAUAUAUUUGUAAUUAUCUAGAUGAUCAAAUGUACGCACACAGGUUACCCGUUUACUAAAUGAGCAUGAAUUUUAUAAAUUUUUUUAUAAAAAAAACAAACAAAACUUUACCUUAAUGUUCAUACGCACAAUAAUAAUCUCAACUCUUUGAUAACUUAUAGGCUAUCAAUACUAUUUUAGUGGUUAAUUCGAUUAAAUUAGGGAAUGAUAAUAGAGAAAGGUUUAGAAGUGAUUAUGUGUAAGACCAAAUUAUUUCUACUUGGUUGUCUUUUUACUGCUUAUCAUGACGAUUUUUUCAUUUUUUUUUCUGUCUCAUAAUUUUUUUUUACCAAUUUUGUUGAUGCAAUUUACAAGGAUCUCUUAUUUUCGAAAGAAAAUAUUCACGCACAAUUAUUAUUAUUAUUAUUACUAUCUAUAUGAAUAAUAAUAUUAUUAAUAAUCCAGUGAUUUCGGCUUACCAUGACUAUUAAUACGAUUUAAAACUUCUAUGCGCCUCAUUAUUUUGUUUACAAUUAUAUUCUGACGUGAAAAAUUGAUAAACAUUAACUCAUUUUCAUCUUUUCCUCCACCCUUCUGUCUCUUUGUAAUGUACAUUGUGUUUACAAAAUGGUAUUCCUGUAAACAACUACUCUCACGCAUAUCUCCUGUUUAUAUAUAUUGUAAAACUGUGUACUUUUGUGUGUUUCCUGUCUUUGAUUUUUUUUAUCUCUACUAGUAGUGAUAUAAUUCUUGUAUUCCGUCUUCCGAUUUAUUACAUGAUAAAAAACCAUCUGAAAAAAAAUGUAAUUUCAGGACAUUUUGUCAAUAUACAUUGUUGUUUA